AUGGUGCCUGUAUCCUGCUUAGAAACAGAGAUGGAUCCAAGUCAGAAAGAAUAUUAUUUUCAUUCCAUAGCAGCCCAGGAAGAAGAGAACACUGGCGGUUUGAUGACAUGGAGCAGCAUAAGUUGCCAACAUUUGUUCUUCGUCACACUGAUCAUUAUUUUGAUUGUCAGUUUGGCGCUUGUUUCAUUUGUAAUAUUCUUAACAAUUCACACUGGCAACAAGAUGGAUGAAGUGACAAGCAGACUAGCAUUUGAAAGGAAGAACACAGAAGAUCUUAAGAAUAUAAACAAUAUGAUAUUAAAGCAUCUAAACCAAUCAGGAAUUAUGGAGAAGGAAGAAAAUCUCUUCACAGGUCAAACACCAUCCACUCCUUAUCUUCGUAACUAUUUAUUUCCCCGUUCAAAGCUGGAAGCAACAGUGCAGUAG